AUGCGUGGCUCCCUCAUUACGGCGUGCGUGCUCGUCGCAAUACUCCCGGCCUCCUCCGUCCUUGCUCAAAGGAACCAUGAUGGCGGGCGGGGUGGAGGCCGAGGAGGCGGCUCCUUCAGUCGCGGCAGCGGUGGCAACGUUCCUACCACGUUCAUCACAGCAACCUCUGCGGUAGCCCCGGCAGCUACUGCGACUGCAGCAAACACUGGUACCGGGACUUCUGGCACAGCCUCCUCAUCUGGGACUAGUACUGGUUCGUCCUCCGUGGACGCGGCACUCAUCCCGCCUUUCGGCAUCACUGCUGGAAUAAAAGCGAAUGAUGGAACCGCAAAUUGCGUGGGUGAUGGCGGGAAGGGGAUACCAUGCGACUGUCCACCCACUCUGGACACAUUCGUCAAAGCGGUGGAACAAACUGUGGCAGGAGGGGCAGCAUUCCCAUCCGGUAAUUCGGCCGCGGAUCAACUGGCCCGCCUUCAAACAUGUAUCGUAACGCUGCAAAAUUUCAAAGGGGGCGCUGGAAGCGGAGUUGGAUGUCCGGCAGUGAGCACGACAUGGAAGGAGCUGCAAACCAAGCUGCAAUCUGAGACGAAGUGA